GGCCAUGAUUGUCAUUAUACCUUCCCUGACAUAAUCGUAGCGUAGAAUCCGCAAUACUGUGUGGUUACGCGGAAACGCUUCCUUCUCUCCACCUACACACUCACACAUCUAGCGUUGCUCAAUCACUCUCUCUCUCUCCUCCAUCCCCAUAGAGACCGCAAACUUAGUGAGCUUGGCCGUCAUAUCUGAAACUUAUUCGGCAUUGCAGAUUGAACACGAUCGACUGAGCCAAGUCCUUGAUCAACAUGUCCAACCGAGAUUUCGUGGGAAUGUCCAAUUGGGCGGAAGAAGAGGACGAUGACCAUGAAGAACCCCAUCGGAAAGUGUUGCCACCCAAGCGUCAUGGUUCCAUUGAGCGCUAUCGACCAGGAGCCAUUCAUGGACAACAGCAACUACAACGCCAAGAUCGGGAGGAUACUGGUCAUGGUUGGAACGGCCGAGGUCGUGGUGCCGUACCCAACGGACAGCUCCGACAGCCUCGAGACCAACCCGACGACUUAAGGCAGAAAUUGAAUGCCAAAAAACAGUUGGACCAGAACGAUUUACGGCAUCGCUUAAAUCAGCGGAGUCGAGAACCCGAACCGCCAAAUUCAAACCAGGAAGAGGAAAGACACGUGGAUGACAGGGCGUCGCCUGAAGAAGGCCGAGGGCGGGGUAGGAAUGGACAGUCGGGUAAUGGGCGGAAUCGACAUCAAAGGGUACAGGGCAAGGGUGGGAACUUUGGGUCGAGCCGGGAAGCUCCGCGGCUUCAUCCGAGAGAGAAUGGGCAGAGUAAAUCUGAAAAUACGGCUAGGCACAAUCUACCACGACCCAAGCGGAACACGGAGAACUUCAAUCCGUCCUAUGCGCCACCAGAGAUGAGGAUUCUGGCCGCGGCGCCCGGGUUGAAGAAGUAUAACCGGGAAUACACCUCGCGUGAUGUUUUGGUGGUGAAUGACUUGUUCUGUGCCGAAAAUGACUUGACGAUCUAUAACAAACUUUUGGUAGAAAUUGAGCAAUCCGGCGUCAAUCUCGACCAGUUGUGGCAAUCUUGGCACAAUGAUUCGCAUUGGAUAGCCGAUGACAAGCUGAAAUGGAAAGCAGCUUGUCCCACUUUCCACAUGAUAUUGGAUCGCAUUCGGGACUACUUCGAGAUGGAUAUCAAAGCAACACGUUUGAAUUGGUACCGAGAUUCUUCGGAAUGGAAACCGUUCCAUCACGAUGCCGCGGCUCUCAAGCCUGACAAAGCCCGGACUCAAAACAUGACCGUGGCCGUGUCGUUUGGCAUGGAAAGAGAUGCAGCAUUUGAGCACGCUCAAACCAAGACAGUUAUCUCGAUGCCCCAACCGAAUGGCACCAUUUACACAUUUGGCAAGGACGUCAACAUCCUAUGGCGACAUGGAAUCCCUCAAAUUCCACCCGAAGAGUAUUCAGACCAGGGUCGUAUCUCCAUCAUCGCUUGGGGAUGGAUGGAACAGACUCAAAUUUGAAAUGAAUACGAAUUCGUGUAUUCAAAAUU